AUGUUUGAGAUCGAAGGCUGUGGUAAUCUAGAACCUGAGCACAGAGUCGCUGCCAUCAUUGAGCAAGAUGUUUUAAGAAAGGCACUCACAAAAUCAAACCUUACCCGAGAAGACCUCCUAGACCCUACAAAUCAGCCAAAUCUUAUACUAGAAGGCGAGGAUCUGAUAACUUGUGUAUAUGGGAAACAUCGUUUGAAAGCUGGCGAGAGAUUUGGAGAGACUAUAUGGCUGGUUGAUCUCUAUCGAGACGAUAUCUCGAUUGAGGCACUCGCCCAAUUGCGUGAGGAAUCGACAGAAAGCAUAAAAUUUACUGUCGGCGAAAUAUAUCGUACCCUUAGGUCCUACCAAAUUUCCCAAAACGCCGCCCAGGAGCAGAAAUGGUGGGCUAGACUAGGUUCCGAAGACUGUCGCAAGCAGGUACGACGCUUACAACGUGACACUCAUCGGCGUGACAUUCUAGACAUGUUGUUACCUUAUGUUGGGCUAUGGAAACCUCUGAGAUCAUCCCAAAUCACAAGGAUGCUAGGACUGAAAUGCCCGGAGAUCCUACUUCAUUACCUGCGGAAGAUAUAUGAAAUGUGGAAAGCAGUUGUCAAUCCACAAUGGGGUUCAGUUGUCGACUCAGAUUCCGUGCUCCAGAUUGAAGGAUUGAUGCCCAACAUCUCACUAGCAGACCGAAGACGCGUCACGGAUCUUAUGGAUUCAAAACGGAUAUUUCCCCUUAUUACAAUACCUGAGGAUAGGGAGAAGGUCAAGACUCAUCUUCUCCAAACGCCUGGGAGAAUAAUAUCUCUCAAUACGCUUCUCCAAGAUACAUUGUUCCUCGAAGAACCAGCAAAAGCCCUCCACCGUCUCUGUCCUCCGAAAUUUAAAGGAAGCUUCAAAAAGGCCAUGUUGAGUCAAUGGAAUCUUAUUGGAGCUGCCGGAAUCCUUGAAAUUCAGACUGCAGAACACAAAUUUACAAAGAUGAAACAAACUGAGCACUCGUUCUCGAUAUCUAUGAUGCAGCUUUGGCUUUUCGCUUGCCGGCAUUUCGUCCACCAGCGAAGCCGCGCAAGAAAAAAUCGACAUCAUUUCGAAUGGCCUACUAAGGAUGUGAGUUUGAGUAGACUUGCUACAUUGGCUUCGCGAUUGGGCUUUAAAUCUGAACAAAUUAGCCUGCUUCAAAACAACAAUUUGGGACAACUUAUGGCACAAGGAUUUUUUAAAUCUCUUUGCAGGGAGGAGUUCUACGAAUACAAGGAGUAUAAAGUGCAAUCAAUGUCCAACAAACUUCAGAGCUUUUUGCAGAACCUUCCUAGGUAUGUGGAGGAGGAGGAUGCUACUGCCCAAUUUACGACAAACGACCCAGAACUCGAGGCGAGCCACAGAUUUAACAGCCCUACGCGAGAUGAGUAUGAUCGGCAGCGCAAACAUAUGUUUGCCAAUCAAUUGUUCGGUCGAGAUCAGCCACAGUCACAAUAUGUAACGUCACUCGGUGUGACAAAAGACAUUAUAGGCUGUUUCUUCGGAAAAACUCUAUUUCAACAACUCUGGGAGCAAAAUUCUCUCCAAAGCUCCUAUAGUCCUGAAUCUAUGGAGGUAGACACAGCGGGUUCUGCUGAGGAGCGCCCCGCAGUUCACCCACUAAACUCACCGCCAGUGGAAGUGCUCCAAUCGUCUAUGCACUCACCACCAGUGGAAGUGCCCCAAUCGUCUGUGAACUCCGGACUAGAUGUGAUAAAAGACGACGACCGCACAUUAGAACUUGACAACCACCCAAGUGGAACCCCCGAUCGUGAUGCACCACCGUUGGCAGCUGGCUUUGAGGAAACAUCUCAACAAAUGGAAAUAAAAAACUACUUAUCGACUAAUCGGACGGUUUCUGAGAUGCUUUCAGAGUGGUAUCAGUCACGCCAAGAACUGAUUCUUGUCUACCUUUUCGAAUCACGAAUUUACUACAAAUUUUUCUUGGCUGGUGGAUCAAACCUACGAGCAAAUCUCCGAGACCUUGCUAGGAAACAUGUUCUCAUGGUGGCCAAUGAGCAUGAACUAGUAAACCCGGAUAUGAACGAAGUGUAUGAAGCAGCUUUGAAACAUCGGUUAGUACUGGUCGCGAAAAAAGACAAUCCGAGCCAUGAAAGAGAGCUAGAAGGGACUAUCUCGUUAGAUAAACUCCGAGAGUACUUUCUUAACUACGAUAUCCAUACAGGAAAGAGAAAGGCAGAUUCUACAGCCAAUCGAUCUGGCAAGCGUCACAAGGAUGGACACCUUUCGAUCGAUUAUGAAGAGGAGCUGUAA